AUGGCCCUUUUUUUAAAAACAUUUACUGUGGAGAUUCAUCUGUUUGUACCGCCACCGAACCAACCUCCAUCCAACCGCCGACAUCGACGAACACCCACCCCUCCACCGCGAGUCCACCAUUCGGCCUACAACCUUGCGACACCCAUCUCCGCAGCCGUGAACCACCGCACAGCCACGCUCAGAUCUGCACCGACCGCCACUCUCGCUGGACUUUCCCAAUCAGCACAUCUCGCCGUCAGCAAAAUCCUCACUUCCAAAGCCACAGUUGCACCGGAUUUCAGAGGUAAAAUCCAUUCUUGGCUUAUGUAUGGAUUAUCACGUGUUUUGUUCAAGAAUGAGUUUUUGAAAGAGAGUUGA